AGGAAAAGGAGACCAAACGCCGAGACGAGAAGCGAAUGGCCCGUCUAGAGGAAAAGCUCAACAUCAAGGACGAGUGGGAGUGGUUGAACCACGACAAGACUCUGCGUGAGCAAGGGGCUGGAGAGAACGACUCAGUGCGUCUGCGCAAAAAGUUCUUCUUUUCCGAUCAAAACGUCGACCGGAACGAUCCUGUGCAGCUCAAUUUGAUGUACGUACAAGCACGCGACGAUAUCCUUAAGGCGGCUCACCCGUGCACCGCUGACGAGGCCCUUCAAUUCGCUGCGCUGCAAUGCCAAGUGCAACUAGGCGAUCACAACCCAGACACGCACAAAGCCGGGAUCAUGGACUUCAAACAAUACCUACCCAAGGGCAGCACAGACAUCAAGAAGUCCGAGACACGCAUCGCCAGCGAACACCGUAAGCUCAAGGGGAUGACUGAGCUCAAUGCAAAGUACCGGUACAUCCAGCUGUGUCGGUCGCUGAAGACUUACGGCAUGUCCUUUUUCUUGGUUAAGGAGAAGGUCAAGGGCAAGAACAAGCUGGUGCCCCGGCUGCUGGGCGUGUCUCGUGACUCCAUCAUGCGCGUGGAUGAACACACCAAAGAGGUGAUCAAGACAUGGCCCCUAUCGACUGUGCGGCGGUGGGCAGCCUCUCCCACCAGUUUCACAUUGGACUUUGGGGACUACUCACAGGAGUACUACAGCGUGCAGACUACCGAGGGCGAGCAAAUCUCGCGCCUGAUUGCUGGAUACAUUGACUUUAUCCUCAAGAAGAAGAAGGAGUCUGAGUACCGGCCCAUGAAUGAUGAGGGUAGUGGUGUGACGUUUACGGACAAUAUUGCACCUGGGCAGGGCUCCGCAGUACAGUACCUCAACAGCAACAUUGGGCGCGCCACGGAGACCAAUGUGGGCCGUGUGGGAGUGGUCAAGGGCACACGCAACGGUGUGGCCCAGAUCAGCCGAGAUGGCUACCAACGCUCUCUGACCACCCACCGCAACACCAACCGCCUCAUGCUCAAGGACUCGGCCGAGAACGACCCCGAAAUGGCCCUAAUUAAGGCCGAAGACGACUUCUUUAUGGCUCGAGCCAAUCUCGAGGGCAACCUGACCUCAGGACACGCGGUGAUUAAUGCGUGCAGCUCAGACCUACAGAACGCCACUUCACUGCCACCACUGGGCUCUGAUGUCGCUUCGUACCAG